AUAUGAACGGCCUGGCAGUGGUGUGUGGCGCGGAGUAUGCUUGAUGAUCUCGAGAGACAGACGGAGCGGAGCUGAGCGCUGAACUUGAGACCGUGUCUCGGUCACGUCUCAAGUGCCUCUCACUUUUCUCAAUUUUAUUAUCGACCACUGAGCAGUUUAUUUUGAUUUACCGCCUUCGGAUUACGCUGAAGAUUAAAAAAAAGUAUCCCGAAUUUCUCUCCGAGUUGCGUGAGAGACUGCGCAGUAGAGGAACGCUGAACUGAAUUCAACAUGUCAAUUUUACCGUUCACUCCGCCGAUCGUGAAGAGGUUGCUGGGCUGGAAGAAGGGAGAGCAGAACGGACAGGAGGAGAAAUGGUGCGAAAAGGCCGUCAAGAGUCUGGUGAAGAAGCUGAAGAAGACGGGACAGCUGGACGAGCUUGAGAAAGCCAUCACAACUCAGAAUGUCAACACCAAGUGUAUCACCAUACCACGAUCACUAGAUGGUCGGUUGCAAGUAUCUCACAGAAAAGGACUCCCUCAUGUGAUCUACUGUCGUCUUUGGCGCUGGCCUGACCUGCAGUCUCAUCAUGAGCUCAGAGCCAUUGAACUCUGUGAGUUUGCCUUUCACAUGAAAAAGGACGAGGUCUGCGUCAAUCCCUACCAUUACCAGCGAGUCGAGACACCAGUUCUUCCUCCAGUGCUGGUGCCUCGUCACACUGAAAUCCCCAGUGAGUUUCCUCCUCUGGAUGACUACAGUCACUCCAUCCCAGAAAACACCAUUUUCCCUGCCGGCAUCGAACCCCAGAGCAACUACAUACCAGAGACGCCCCCUCCAGGCUACAUCAGUGAGGAUGAGACCAGCGAUCAUCAGAUGAACCGCAGUAUGGACACAGGGUCUCCAAAUCUGUCACCGAACCCUGUUUCUCCUGCCCACAACAAUUUAGAUCUACAGCCGGUGACAUACUGUGAACCAGCGUUCUGGUGCUCUAUUUCCUACUAUGAGCUGAACCAGAGAGUCGGUGAAACUUUCCAUGCCUCUCAGCCCUCUUUAACGGUAGACGGCUUCACAGACCCAUCCAACUCUGAGCGCUUCUGCCUGGGCCUGCUGUCCAAUGUGAAUCGCAACGCUGCUGUGGAGCUUACACGCAGACACAUUGGCCGGGGUGUGCGUUUGUACUACAUUGGAGGUGAGGUGUUUGCAGAGUGUCUAAGUGACAGUGCCAUUUUUGUUCAGAGUCCCAACUGUAACCAACGUUAUGGCUGGCACCCCGCCACUGUUUGCAAGAUCCCACCUGGCUGUAAUCUGAAGAUCUUUAAUAACCAGGAGUUUGCAGCUCUAUUGGCCCAGUCUGUGAAUCAGGGCUUUGAGGCCGUGUACCAGCUCACCCGCAUGUGCACCAUUCGCAUGAGCUUCGUGAAGGGCUGGGGAGCCGAGUACAGGCGGCAGACAGUGACUAGCACCCCCUGCUGGAUAGAACUGCACCUGAACGGUCCUCUUCAGUGGCUGGACAAAGUGCUCACUCAGAUGGGCUCCCCCUCCAUCCGUUGCUCCAGUGUGUCAUAGGAAAAAUGCUCCCUACACAUAUACAACAUAUACAAACCACAAGAUCUGGAAAAAAUUAAGUUCUUUCAGGAGUGUAAGGCUGAAGACCUUCAUACCCACCAACCAAUUGGGUUCCACAGACUCACACACGUGUUUGUCUCAUGUUGGAGGAGUGUAUUACAGUAUAUGUAUAUAUUCGUUUUUUUAUGUUGUUGUUGUUAGCCAUUUUUAUUGCCAUUAUUGAUAUAAAAUAUUGCCAUUUAUGUUAUAUGUUGUUAUAUAGCAUGUAUAUGUAAGAUCUCUCCUCUGUCUUAUGAUGCUGUGUUAGGUACAUGUUUACCACAACAGGUAUAAGAAAGGCUUGAUUAUUUGUUUAGAGACAUGAAAAAAGUGCUUUUUUUUUGUAAAGGGAAAAUAUGAAGUUUUUCAAAAAUCAGUUAAACUGUAUUUUUGUUCUUUUUUGGUUUUGUCAAAAUAAUGGAAACUUGGUCCAUAAUGUUUUGUAGUACAUAUCAAGAGCUCUUGAACUUCCUCCUAAAAUUUUCAAACACUUCCUCCUAAAAUCUUCAAACACUGAAAACUCAAGUUAAUAUUCUUUCUUUAAGUUUCCCCACAACAUUGAUUUUCUAUAUCCUGUUUAGGCCCAGGCAGUGAAAUGUUUUUUUUUUAAAGUCCGUGUAAAGUGAUAUUAAAAUAUGUGUUCUGAGUUUGUCACACAACAGAAAAAUCUGUUUUUCACGCUCGGUGGCUCCAUUGCGUCAUAGAGCCACCGUUUUAGCCCCGCCCAAUAAAUCCUGAACACAGAAUUGGUGAAAAACUGUUUAACUCCACAAUUCAGUACUACAUAGUUCAGAGUCUUUGUAAUGUGUUUCAGCAAUACAUUUCUAACAUUUGUAAUGUGUUUAGAAACAAUUCUCAGAAUUCUCUUUACACGGACUUUAAAGAACAUACAUUAGCUAUUCACCUUUUUAAAAUUCACUACACAGAAUACUAUGUAACAAACUUAAUAUACGCACAUAAUAGUUUAUGUUACACUUGUGAAAGUGUUCUCUAUGUUUCACAUUAUCUCUGUUAUGUUAUAUUGAAAUGUUAGGGCCUUUUGUCAUUGCACAGAUGCUGAGAGCCCGAUACUCUUCCUACAGCAGUUUUCCAGUUUUAGUGUUUUUCAUCUCUCAACAAGCUAAGCAUGUAUGCGAACAUUAUUUGAGAAUGUUAUAACUGUGCCAGCAGUCCUCGGUGAGCGUUUUGUAGUAUCUGCUCUAGUAUUGAUUUCAUCUUUGUCUGCAGUGAACCGGCCGCCUGCUCUGUGUGAAUGAAUGUGAAUUAUUAAGUUUUACAGGAUUCAUCAUGCUUAUAACUCCAUGUGUUGUGUCGCGCUUUCAUUGUUAUUCGCUUAGUGUCUUUAGUGAGUGGGUGAGGAGCUCUUCAAGGUCUGGUGAGGUCUCUCAAUUGUCCGCUUUGGAGAAAACGUUUCUCUGUGUGUUGUGGUAGAUUUUCAAAACUGGGCAUUACAUCAUUUUGCGCACUAAGAAGUUGGCACUUCAUGUCUCACAGUAUCGGUUGUGUCUGUGCAUACCGUAUGCACACACACACUUGCGGGCCUUCAUGUCCUCUCAUCCUCCAGAAAUAAAACUGAGUGAGUGUGCCUUCGCAGCAACUUUCAUAACAAGAGUUUGUAAAUAAUAUAUUGGAAACAGGCGUUCAUCCGUAUUGCUGAGUAAGUGGGUUGUCCAGUGUUGGACCACUCAGGGUUGUGAUCUUUUCUCAGCUGAACUUGUAAAUAUGUUUAAUAAAUUAAUUAUGCAUGCCUAUUUUCUGAAACUCAUGCCAUUUGUACUGUAGACUCUAUUUUGCUACCAAAUAUUUUUUCAGAAGUGGGACGGGAAAGUAAAUGCUCUUACCUCUGUGUUUGAAAGGUGGGGCUUGUACUGCUGGCAGGUUUUUGUAAGGUUAACCAUGUAUUUUUAUAUGUCAGAUGCUCAUAGGAUAUGGAGAAGGGCCUGAAGAAGGGAAAUGUCACAAUGGGCUUUGUGAAAGCCAGAUCAUGCACAGUACUUUCAGUUUGUCGCAGGUCAGUGUGAUGCGCUUGCAAUGAGGAGCUCUUUGCAUGCCUUUUGAAAUUCUCUGAUCUCCCAAUGUGUUGUACAGGAAUCAUGGAAGAAAGUAUAGCGUUUAGGUGCAUUAUGUACUUUGCAGACAGUAGAAAAGAUGUGUGACAUCUGUGUGCAUAAAUGUUGGGUGAUUUAGAUGCUCUACUUUGAUAAAGUCAGAGUGUUAUUGUGUCGACUAGGAUUCCUUGAAAUGUAUUUAAACCUCUUGAUGUCAUCCGGAAAAAGGUACUGAAAUUAUUCAGGAAAUGAUUUAUUGUACAUUUAAGCAAGCAUUAAGUGUUUUCUUUGAGAGGAAAAAAAAUCAAAUCUCAUUUUCUCAACAAAUUGUUGAAUAUAUUUUAAGUAAUGUGCAUUUAUUGUGCUUGUGUUAAUCUUUCACAUUCAGUGACGUUGUGGCUUAGUGGUGAUUGUUGUGCUUGACAUUGUUAGAUUUCUUCUUUGUACAAGUAUAUAAUCGUUAUUAUUUCUCUCCAUCUUUAAAGUUUGUCAAGAGAAAAAAAAGUUUGUUAUUGUUGUACUUUUAAUAAAUAUGUAAUUGAAAAAUG